AUGAAGAAGACAUUCUGUGUUAUUUUACCACUCAUCCUGCUCCUAUCCAUCGCAUCCUCUUCCAAUUCAGCCAAUCAGACAGAGGUGACUGUGGCAACAGAAGAGGAUGUCGUGGAGACUUUAGGCAGUCGUUGUUGGGGUUAUUAUGAUGUGAUGGGACAGUGGGAUCCACCCUUUAACUGCAGUUCUGGGCUGUACCUGUUCUGCUGUGGCUCAUGCUAUUAUCGCUUCUGCUGCCAGUUCAAGGGUCACAGUCUGGAACAAACUAGUUGCUCUAAUUAUGACACACCUGCCUGGGCCAAUACAGGAAAACCUGCCGGUGGCAAUGAUGCCAGCAAUGCUAAUGUCAAUGCCAAUGCUAACACUAUCAAUUUGCCCAAGCCUGACCAGUCACACAUGAUUGUGUACGUGAUCUGCGGUGUGGUUGCCAUCAUAAUGCUUGGAGGAAUCUUUACCAAACUUGGUCUGGAAAGGAGGCGGGGAGGAACUGGAGAUACCAGCAACACCAGAACCCUCACGGAGCCUCCACAGCGUCUGAAGCUGCCAGGUGAGGCAGAGUGCAUAGUCAGAGGGGUAGGACAUCAUCCAGUCAGAUCUAAUGGAAUCCCUGGACACCUCAUGAGGACUACUAACGAAGAUACAACAGCCAGAGAAUACUAUAGGAGUUUUCCACUGCUCUACCAGACAUACCGGCAAUCAUCAAAUACAACUUUCCAAUCCAUUGCUUUCCACUCCAAAGAAAAGCCAUUCCUCCUUCCACCAGAGAUCCACAUUCCUGUUACUAACACAAUAAUACCCUCCCAAAUCCCCAAGUCUAAGAUCUCCAGAACCAACACCCAUCCACAGACCUCCAUCCCAGCCUUUCAAUCCUGGGAAUCCAGUAAGAGUCCUGCUCAACAUCAUGUGUCUCUCACUAACCAACCACAGCCAUCAGUGUCCCAGUCUAACAACCAAGGACACACCUAUUUAAACAAGCACCAGUUUAGAACAGAGACCCUGCCAGAGCUGUUCUAUCAGCCAAUCGGAUAUGGCCGUUCCCCUCAGGUUAUUCCCAAACACAAGGGACUUCACACAAACAGCAAGACUGAAGUGACAGUGUGAACAACGUGAAAGAGAGAAAAGAAAUAUGGAAGAUAAGGAAAA